UUGCAUAGCCUGAUUGCACAUGAAAUAUUAUUUUUCAUUUUAUUUAUUGAGCAACGGGUUUUAAGUAUCACAUGCAAUUUGAGUUCGUAUUUUGAACUAACGGGUUGCGUGCACAUACAUAUGUACAUACAUAUAUUCGCCUAUGUAAAUACAUACAAAUUUACAAACAAACAUUUGCGAAAGGUGCCGACGACAAGUUGGAAUAAAUUGUUGACAAUUUUCUCUCAUGGCCAGCACAUUAUGAUAAUAUAAUAAUGGCGAAUAGAUGAACCAUAGAAUACGCACCGCUCAUUCGCAACGUUGUACAAUUUUAUAUAAACAAAUAAAUUAUUGAAAAAAACGAUCAACCUAAACCACAAAUCUACGAGAAAAGUAGUACAAAGCAUGGUACUUAAGGACAUACACGUCCGUGAAAACAUCAAUAUGGAUAAUCAUCGUACGACCACAACACUUACCAAUACGCCGCCGACCACAACCUUUACGACGCGUCGCGGUUACACCUUUUCGGGUACAACACUCUUUCUGAUCGCCGCAUGUUUUGUGUGCACGCUACUGGCGGUCAGCUUUAUUAUUUACAAUGUGGCUACGUGUGAACAGCAGCUUACACCGUUGCCGGAUGAGGAAGUCAUUUGUACGACGGUAAAGAAGCAUAUACUGAAGGCGAGCAGCACCAGCGAUGAAGCUAAAGAGCGAACACACUACGAACGUGACGUACGUCUGCCAAAUUCGAUGAAGCCGCAGAAAUAUAAUAUCACCCUUGUGCCAUACCUACUCAAUAAUAAUUUCACAUUCGAAGGGGAGGUACGUAUCCAAGUGAUUGUACUGGAGGACUGCCAUAACAUUACCAUGCAUGCCGUCGAGUUGAAUAUCACCAAAAACGAUGUAUCCGUACGGCAUAUUGGCAGGUCAACGGCGACGUCGGCAUUGCAGCCAGCUUUGGCAGAGCAUGCUCGGUAUGUGCCGGAAAUUGACGGCGUCGAACUGAGGAUACGAAAACAAUACAUGCUCGAGAGCAAGCAAUUCUUCAUCAUCGAACUGUAUGACAAACUAAUAAAGGGUGGCGUGUACGAGAUAAGCAUCCGGUUCAGCGGUCUAAUACAGGACUAUCUGCAGGGGUUCUAUCGCAGUUCGUAUCAAGUGGGCAACGAAAAGCGUUGGCUGGCCUCUACGCAGUUUCAAGCCACGGAUGCCAGGCGAGCGUUUCCCUGCUUCGAUGAGCCAUCGUUGAAAGCAAAUUUCUCACUGAAAAUAGCGCGACCACGUAACAUGACCACGGUGUCUAAUAUGCCCAUCCUUUGGACGAAACCACACGAGUCUCUCUCGAACUAUGUAUGGGAUCAAUUCGCUGAAAGCCUACCCAUGUCUACAUAUUUGGUAGCCUACGCUAUUUCCGACUUUGAUCACAUUUCCGAUGGCAACUUCUCUGCGUGGGCGCGUAAGGACGCCAUCCAAUCGGCGCGGUACGCGCUAAGCGUUGGUCCGAAAAUUUUAAAAUUCCUAGAAGAAUAUUUCGAUUUGCCAUUCCCACUGCCAAAGCUCGAUAUGAUAGCGCUACCCGAUUUCCAAGCUGGCGGAAUGGAGAAUUGGGGUCUGAUCACUUACAGGGAGACGACAAUGCUCUUUGAGGAAGGAGUCUCCGCUACAACUAAUAAGCAACGCAUUGCCAGUGUUGUUGGACACGAAUUGGCGCAUCAAUGGUUUGGCAAUCUGGUAACACCCAGUUGGUGGUCGGAUAUUUGGCUAAAUGAGGGAUUCGCAAGUUAUAUGGAGUACAUAACAGUGGAUGCUAUUCAUCCGGAUUGGAAGACCCAAGAUCAAUUUGUGGUUAGCGAACUGCAAAAUGUUUUCCAUUUGGAUGCGUUGUCAUCAUCGCACAAAAUUUCGGUGGAGGUCUUUAAUCCCGAUGAAAUUUCAGAAAUUUUCGAUCGUAUUUCUUAUGGCAAAGGUUCGACCAUUAUACGCAUGAUGAGUCAUUUCUUAACUUCAAAAGUCUUUCGACGAGGUCUGAGCAAGUAUCUCAAGGAAAUGUCUUAUCAUGCCGCAGAACAGGACGACUUAUGGCGUUUCUUAACAACAGAAGCCAUUUCCGCCGGUUUGCUUGACCGCAAUACCACCGUCAAAGAAAUCAUGGAUACGUGGACUUUACAAGUCGGUUAUCCUGUACUCACCGUAACACGCUCUUCAAACGCACACUCCAUACGUAUGGAACAACAGCGUUUCGUAUUUUCAAAUCAGUCAGAUGAUGGCGACUCGGCCAAUGAUGAAAAUCCACUCUGGUGGAUACCGAUCACAUACACCAGUUCAAAGGAAUUGAAUUUCGAAAACACACGUCCGAUGACGUGGGUGCCGCGCACUGAAACUUACGAAAUUGAUGAUCGUAAUCUUUCGACGGCCGAAUGGUUCAUUUUCAAUAUCCAACAAACCGGUUACUAUCGCGUUAACUAUGAUGUCGACAAUUGGAAAGCAAUUACAACACAUCUAAUGCAGCCGCAAAAGUAUAGAAGUAUUAGUCCUGCCAAUCGUGCGCAAUUAAUAGAUGACGCUAUGAAUUUGGCGCGCGGUGCAUACCUGAGUUACGAAACGGCAUUGAAUCUUACGCGUUACCUCAAACAUGAAAUGGAUCAUGUGCCCUGGAAGGCGGCCAUGACGGCAUUCAACUUCAUCGACUCGAUGUUGGUGAAUCAGGGAGACUACGAUAUAUUGAAGAACUAUCUUUUGGAUCUGCUGGAAAAUGUGUACAAAGACGUUUCGCCGAAUAAUUUCACCGACGAUGCUGAUAAGGGCGAAGAUAUGCUCAAGCUAUUCAAACGUGUGGAAAUAUUGAAUAUGGCCUGCCAUUUGGGGCACCGAGACUGCAUUUUAGAGAGCGCACGUCACUUCCAGAAUUGGAUUGAGGUGCCCAACCCGGACACAAAUAAUCCUAUACCGCCAAACCUACGCGGCAUCGUUUAUUGCACGGCAAUACAAUAUGGCAACGAGUUUGAGUGGGACUUUGCAUUCCAGCGCUAUCGCAGCACGUCGGUCUCAACGGAGAAGGAAUUGCUGCUCAGCGCACUUGGCUGCUCGCUCGAGCCCUGGAUCUUAUCGCGCUAUCUGCGGCGCUCAAUUAGUGGCGACGACAUACGCAAACAGGACGUUUACAGGGUGUUCGCGGCGGUAUCAAGCAAUGUUGUGGGCCAGCAGAUCGCUUUCGACUUCAUGCGCAACAAUUGGAAUGAAAUCAAAAAUUACUUGGGUUCAACGAUGUCCAAUAUAAAUGCGAUACUGAAGUUCGCCACCAAACGCAUGAAUUCGAAAUUUUUCCUCGCCGAGUUGGAGUCGUUCGUUAAAACCGAUGUUAAGGAUAACGGUCGUUCCAUACAACAAAUUCUUGAACAGGUGCGUGUCAAUGUGGACUGGAUGGCACGCAACUACCAGGAUAUCAUACAGUGGCUACAACGUGAGGCAAUCACAAGGCAACAACAACACGGUGCUUCACUAGCGACUCAUUAG